GCUAAAGGGAAACGAGGAAAGAAAAGGCAGAAGGUGGACAAUGCUGAUCUUUCUCAGCUAUCUGAUUAUGCAGCAGAAGUGUUCUACCAAUUUUUUUUAAAGGUAAUCAAAUAAUCAAGUCUUUUUUUACUUAAUUGGUAGACACAUUGAACAGUUUUAUGAGAAGUAAGAUAUGGGGCAAAAUCCAGACACGUUAAGUUAAAACUAGUCAAGUUGAUUUUGCUUUUUUGAACAAAAUUCUUAACUUUAAUUUAACAAGUGGCAGUUACAAAACACAGGUCACAAGGGAAGGUCUGACUACAUGCUCUUAUAAAAAAACUGAGAUAGGCAUGCAGUUUCCCCUUAACUUAAAACACCUCAUUUCAGAUCGUGAUUUGGGCUUUUCGUUAUUAUUCAUUUUGAUUUCAGGUUUACACCGACAGAAAAGACAUUUCUGAAGUUAUUAGAAGUACUGUCUUCGAGGAAGAUUAGCAAGAUUUAAUUGACAUUGUUGACAUUAACAGGUAUGUGUCAGGUAUUUCACUUUUAGUAAGAGUGUAAAGGGGCAAUUCCACAGUUACGGACAUUACACUCAGAGAGCAUUUUUUAACUUUGAUCUCCUGUCCUGUUCACAAUAUGCAGUAUAAUUUGUUUCCUUGAAAUGUUUCAUGAAUCACAGGAACUGAGCCUUAAAAGUCGUGAUUAAAAUUGACGGUUGUUUUAGCUGUAAUGUCUGUAACAGGCCUUUCAGUCAAAUUCAGAGGGAGCUAAAAAUUUGUUCUCUGAGUAUUUUUUUAUUGUGCAAAAACAGCAAUUUAAUGCAAAUUUUUUAUUGGCAAAUGCUCAAAGUUUUCUUCAGUCACAUUAAAUUUCUCUGAGGUCUAUCUUAACUGCUUUGGUUCCCUAAAAGGCUGUGUUAUGCACAUUACACCAAGUGUUACGGACAUUACUGUCUGUGAAUUUUUUCUUAAAAAUAAUAUUAUGUGUACUAUGAUGCUAAAAAAAUUGCUUAUUUCAUUUAUUUUUAUGUGUUAAGUUUACCAUCAGCAAUGUCUAGAAGCCCUGAAAAUUAAAUGAAAACAAAAGCACACAAAAGCUGUUUUGUAAUUAUAGCUGGUCAGCGCAUUCCUUUUCAGAGCAUGCUCUGAACAUUCUUUGAAAGAAAACCACUGACCAGUAGUUUUAAUCAAAUUAUGACAUCUCAUUGUACUCUGAAAGUUACAUAAACAAGAUGGUUGUCUUUUCUAAAAAAAAAUGUCAAAACAGGGGCUGAAAGGGCCAGAACUUUUAGAACAAGACUCAAAGUAGAUGUUGAGAGGUAUAAGGCCUAUAAGAACAAAGACAAAGAAAGGAAAAGAGUGCAAAGAAAAGGUCAAGCCCUUAGUCCAAGUGAAGUUGCAAGAAGGAAGAAACUCACCCGUGAAAGAGUCAGAAAAUGUAGGCAAAGACAAAAAGAGAAGAAAGCAAAAAACUCUUCCCAAGACCAAGAUGUAUCACAAGCUUACCAAACACCUCAAGCUCUAGGAAAGGCUCUUGGUAAGGUCAGCAGCAGAGUGCUUCCCCAAAGCCCCAGAAAACGAAAGGCUGUGGUUUUCAAACUAGCACAUGCUUCAGGUUUUCUUAGGAAAAAGAAGUGCACUAGAGGUAACAGGGGUCUUCCAAAAGAGACGGUAAAUCUUGUUAAAGUUUUCUUUCAGCUUGACUCCAUCUCUCGCCAAGCACUAGGCAGAAAAGACUUUGUCGCUGUUCAGGAAAACAACACAAAACAUCAUAUCCAGAAAAGGCACUUGUUGUGGUCCCUAAGGGAAUGUUAUAGCAUAUUCAUGAAAGAAAACCCCACCACUGAGAUUGGCCUUAAUAAGUUUUGCUCCUUAAGGCCAGUGAAUGUCUUGCUUUCUGCUGACAUGCCUAGAGAUGUUUGUCAAAAUGCUUUGUGAGAGCCUGCAUAAGGAAAUAGAUGAUUUUCCACUGUACUCAGGAAGUUUUGCAGAAAAUUUUGUUUGCAACCCUGAGUCAGAACUUUGCAUGCUUGGCAAAUGUAAAAAGUGUGCAAAAUGCCCCAGCUUGUUGCAAAAAAUAAGGUCAAGUUCAGGAAACCUUGAUGAGCAUGCAACAUGGUAUCAGUGGGAGCAUGUGGAACAAAUGGUGCAGGCAAAGAAAGGAAAAAGCAUGAAAAGGGUAACGAAAAUUCAGAAAGUUCUGAAAGAGGGUACUGUUGAUGAUUUACUGGAAGAUCUAGAAGUUCAGCUGCCAUCAUUCUUAGAACAUGUGUUUGUAAAGCGACAACAGGCAAGAAUUUUCAAAGAGAAGAUAGAACAUCUGACAGAGGAAGAGGCAGUGGUGCAAGUUGAUUUUGCUGAAAAUUUCAGCUGCAAGUACCAGGGAGAAGUUCAGUCAGCACACUGGAGCCAAGACCUAGUUACCCAGUUCACUGUUGCAAUCUGGACAAAGUCUGGAGACAAAAACAGCUGUUGUGAAUCUCACGUCAUUGUUUCAGAUGAUUUGAAGCAUGACAAAACAUCUGUUGCCGUGUUCAUGUGCAAAGUUGUCAACGACCUUGUGAAGGUGAGACACCCAGACAUAACUUGAGUUUGGAUAUUUUCAGAUGGACCAAGCACGUAGUUCAAGAAAAGGUACAGUGCCCAUUUUCUCCAUUUACUUCAAGGUCAAGGUCUUAACAUCCAGUGGAACUACUUUGCCACAUCACAUGGGAAAGGGGCUGUUUAUGGUAUCGGGGGAACUGUGAAGCGCAUGGUUUGGAAUGCUGUAUCCACAAGAAAGGUGGAAGCAGUCAAAGAUGCUUGCUCUCUUGCAAGUGUUGCAAAUACUAAGUUGAGCACACCUGUUGCGGUGACCUUUGUUGGAUCUAAAGAAUUAGAAGCUACUGCAGACUUACUUGGAUUAAAGAAAUUCUUCUCUGUUGAACCAGUAAUCCCAGGUAUUGCCAAAUUUCACAGCUUAGAACCACUCAGGAAUGGUCUUAUUCGUUGCCGUACUUUCUCUUACCAGAGUACCUGGAUUGAAAUGGGUGUCCAGUUGUCUGGUUCAGAAAAUGAAGACCUGGAUCAAAAUGAUAGUGAUGAUCAAGACUCUUCCUCUCUAAGCAAGGGAAGCAACAGUACCAGCAGUGCUGAUGAAGACGAGACCAGUGGAGAGAAAGGAGACUUUUUCAGCAGUGCUUCAAGAAACAGCCAUCACACGUACAAAGAAGUUUCAAGUGAGAGCAGUAAGGAAGACAGUAAAAAUCAUGAUGAAGAGGGUGACUCGAGUGAAGAAGAAGGUGUGACAAGAAACAAAGGUUCAGGUGGUCCAGAUGCGAAAGAAAGAGCCAGCAAUGCAAAUAAAAGUUCAAGUGACGAGGAAGAGAUGUCAGAGAAGAAAGAUAUCCAAGUUCAGCAGGGCCUUCCUGACAAGCUACUAUCACCGAUAUAUUCAAAGGAUGUGCUUUGUUCAGCCUUCCACAUCAUUUAGACUGCCAAGUAAAUGCAGUUUCUGAUGGCUGGAUUAGCUUUGAAGGAGGUGGUUUGAUUCAAAAUGAUGAUCUUAAUGGUUUAAUGGCAGGGGGAAGAAAAUCCAAGAUAAAUGGUUGUCCAACUUUAUUAUUGAUGAAUACCUGAGGCUUAUUCAAGUGACUUGUGCAGCUAACAACAGUUUGGCAGUUGAAACCUUGCCAUGGGAAUUGUUUGAGAGAGCAGUUGGUUCACUACCAGUGCAUCACUUGUUGAAAGGGAGAAAUCCACUUCUGCUUCAGGAUGUAGUCCUUGUGCCAUGCAAUACCCCAGAGUCUGAGCACUGGACUCUUCUAGCAGUUCUGCCAAAGGAGAAAUCUGUUGUUGUCUUAGACAGUAUGCCAAGUAACCACAUUAAACAUACAAGUCUUGAUGCUAUUUCUAAGAUGUGUGGCCUUCUCAAAGAGAUCAACAGCAAUGUAGACCUGAAUCAGUGCAAGCUUAUAGUGAACAAAAAGGGAGAUGUUCCUGAACCGACCAAUGCCUAUGACUGUGGAGUGUUCACUUGCUUGUAUGCAAGAUGCUUGGUUGGUUAUGGUGAGAUGAUCAGUGAUGCCAGCAUCUCGGAUUUCAGGAAACUCAUGCUGUUGGAAUUGCAUCAAAGAAAGCUACACCCAAUCCCACCAGAAGGCAUCCUACCAGCUGAGCAGUAUUAUGCUGUUGAAUAUGUGGAAACUUACUACAUUGGACAUGCACAAAGUCAAGCUGAUAGCUUUGUAAGAUUCAAGUUCCUCCAUCGAGUGGGUGCAAAGAGUUUUGACUGGCCCAGCCGGGAUGAUGUUGAUGAUGUUCACAUCUCUUGUGUGUUUUAUGGCCCCGUCACCCUAGAGAGUGCUGGCCCAUUUGCUGUUCCAAAACAGCAAAACAUUGAAAAAAAGGUUUAAAGUGACACAAAGAAAGAAGUGAAAUUUUGUUACGGACAUUACUCAUCUACUUAGAUAUUUUCUACUAGCCAAAAAUGGGGAAAAAUUGUCGAAAACUAUCAAAUUUUUUUCUCGUGUGAAAAAAACGCUCAUGCUGUAAUUAUACCUCAGUUUCAGUGGACUGGAUUGAUUUUGACAUUUUGGCAAAUUGUUCCUUAACUUGCACCUGUGGGUCCCACGUUUUCUUUGUUUAUAUGACCUAUUGAGUAGUAGACCCCUGCGGAGUGCAUAAGGGCGAAAACAGAAAUGACAUGUAUGUUUUUAAUACAGUGAUGUGUCUUCUCUUUAAUGGCACAGAAAUUAAUUCCAAUAUCCUUCUUUUAAAAAUGAUUGAUUUUUCACCUCUCAUGUGGAAUUGCCCAAAGUACCAUUUGGAAAUGAAGUCCUGAUCUUAAUGGAAAAUAUGCAUACUGUCUAAAACUAUUACAAUAAUAAAUUUAGACAAGAAGGUUAAAUACAGCUGUAGUGGUUUUUCUUGUAAAUCUUUUACCAGAGACCGUGCAACAAUUAAAAGCCAUUGCAUGACCAGAAAUUCAAAAAUAAUUUCCAGUCACUUUAACUGACAUUCAAAAACAAAAAAGAAAGAAAGAAAUGCUUAAUGACUGUCUAUCUGACAAAGGUACAGCAAAACUUUACAUCCAAUUUUUUAGAUUAAAAAAAAAACAGAUCUAAAUGUUUGUGCAAGAUCUAUAUCAGAGAUUUUGACACUGUUCAAAAAAUUUGCAGUCAUGUAUAAUCAGAACCUGGAAAUACACUCAGGCUGGUCUUUUAAACAAUACUUCAAGUUUGAUUAUAGAAUGAGGCACAUACAUUAUUAUUUUAAAAGUAAAAUCAUGUUUAUUUCUCCUAAAAUGUUUAAGAUAUUCACAAAGUGCAGGUCACAUUCCCCAGGUAAUAAGUACAUUUCACUGCUCCAUAGAUGAAUUGCCAAACCACACAGAUUCCCCUCUAUCUAAUAGAGCAUUUUGUUAAGAGUUUAGGGCUUGCAAACACUUUUAAUACUAUUCAUUUGUCUGUAUCAUGGUGAACUGUACUCUGACAGUGUGGAAAAGUUACCUGUAUUUUAGACCCGCCGUCAGUUUAACUGCACAGUCUGCAAUGUUGAUUUUGACAACUGUUUAACACCCACGGAAAUAUGCCCUCUUUUUUUUUUUUAGUGCAAAAAUUGGGAUUCCUUUUAAGGGAUUAAGUGUUUGGCUGCGACCUGAGCACUGGUGAUUAUGGCCACAUCACCACUGAACAUGCCAGCAUGCUGUUUAGAAACCACCUCAGCUUGAGGGAGUAUUCAAAUCAAGGCUUUGAGGCGCAGCACACUCAUUACAGUGUCAGUUAUAUUCAAAGGCUACUUCCCAUGACAGGCAUGGUCAUGCUACAUCAAGUUAGUUUUAUAUUUUACUUUUUAUUACUUUAUUUUUUUAUAUUAUCAUACAUCUCAACACUACAGUACUUGAAACUAAUAUUGUCACCUACUUAAAUAUUGUUAAAAUUAAACUAACAACUCUUUUUACAGAAAGGUUAGGAAGCUCAUCAUGUCAUUUUCACAUUAUUUUGUGAUUACCACAGAUGAUGCAUAGAGUUCAUAAAGAUAUGAAAAGCUCUUGAAUUUUAGCUGCCCUCUUAAAAGCUCUUGAAUCUAAGUUGAGUCAAUGGAAAAUCCUUGAACUUUAAAUCUUGUUUUGAAUAUCCUUUAAUCUUAAGAGCUUUCAUUGUUAGCAAUAAUAAUUUCCUGUUGGAGAACAUCCAUAGCUAUUAAAAAUACCUUUAGCAUCGGUUUUUCAUGGGAUACUGCAAACUGUAAACUGCAGUCUGCAGUCACCCAUUUGCAGUUUCACUUUGCCUGGAUUUUAAACUUUAGGCAGACAUUCAUUGUUUAUCACCAGCUAUAACUAGCACAUCAGAGGGUGGUGUAGAAAUCUGCUUUGUGCUUUUAAAUGUAAGGCUGAACAAUAAUAUUAUUGUUAUAGUGGCAAAAACAUUGCUGUAAGUCACCUACUGCUCUAAGCCUUUCCUGCCAUUCAAACUUGAACUGUAAACUGCAAAUGUGACCAGAAGAUCACUUGACGUUCUCAUAUUUGAGACCUGUUUUCAGUGUCCCAUGCAUGAAAAAACCUGAUGCUAAAGGUCUUUAUUGAAGUUUUAAAUGCCAAUUUACAGUUAGUAUUGAAGUCAUUGUUCUAAGCAUACCAUAUUACUAAAGUAUCAGUGUUUGGGAGCUACACUGUACAUGUUCUUGAAUAUUAUGUAUCUUAUUGUGUGAAAACUAGAAUCCAUUGGGGAAAAAGGCAAAGUCUGGUUAAUCACAUGUUCUUGUUGGUAUUGAUGUUGUUGGCACUUUUAAAUAAUCAACUCUAUUUCGUUAUAUUAAGUCCAACAGAUUUUGCUACAUUUCUUUUCUGAAAAGUUGCUGUUCCUGCGGGUUUGCUUCAGAAUGGCUACAGAGAGCAUGGAAAAUGGUGAUUAUCUUCUAAAAUGUUUGCCAGCUAGAAACAUUAUAUAAUGGAACUUCUUUUUAUGUCAGUCCCUUAGAUGUGUAGUCAAAUGUAUUCUACCUUGUUGAGACAACGUUAUGUAAAAAACUGAGAUUCCCAUAAAAAGCAUACACUAUAUCCAAUGACAACAUCACUUUGCACUUUAUCUUUUUCUACCUGGAAUGUGGUGAGAUAACAUUAAUAUGUUGUCAUUCUUCCUCUUGAGCAGUAGAAAACUAACCACAUAAAAAGUUGCAGUAAGGUUAGAGCUUAUUGAACACAGUCUGUUAAAAUCUUUUUUUGUUGUUGUUGUUUUAACUGUGACUGGUUCCAUUAUUCUGCCAAUGCCAAUUUUUUUUUUUUGUAUGUCAGGCAAACCAUUCCAUUUUGAGAGGCUGCGGUUGGUCUAGAAAAAAAGAAGUGUCUUGGUCAAAAGAUGACAUGGCCUGGAUUUUCACCAUGAAUAACUUGUUCAACAAACUGUUUUGCAAGGAUGCUCUUUCUUAUGAAUUUGACAAAGGUUUAAAACAAGUGGUAAUAUUACCCGACUGUUUACCUAUCUAUCAAUAUGAUCAUGCACUGUGGGAGCAGCUCUUUCCUACAGUUUUGACCAGUUUUACUUCCUUGCUGGAACAGCCACAAAGUCCACAAUCCAUUCCAGCUAGCAGCCCAGCUUUCAGCAACACUGACCCAGUCAGCAGCUCUUCCACAAGCCUCUCAUCAAGCCCUGCCACUAGCCCUUCAAAUUCCAGUUGCAGACCUUCGUCCAGUGUCACAGUGGAUACUAAAACUGCCUUUGUUCCUUAA